CUUGGAACAGCCACCCCUAGUUUUCCUGAACAUGCCGAACAGAAGUAAUGGAACGAUCUCAAAGGAGAAGGCUACAGAUCUGGAGCGCAUCCGUAACAAUCAGAGACGUUGUCGCGCGCGACAAAAAGAAUACAUCGCUAGCCUUGAAGACAAGAUCCGCCAACAAGAAGGCGUCGGUAUCGAACGUGCAACCAAUCAGAAGCUCGAAGAGCUUGCUACGGAAAACAAGUCUUUGAAACGACUUUUGCAGUCUCUGGGAUUGCGCGAUGAGUUUCUUGAGGCUUACAGUAAUGCGGUCAGGAUUGCUCCAAACAUCUCGUGGUCGCCGCUUGAUAACGAACAUUGUGCUCAAGCCAAUGAAUGUUCAUUUACUUUCCCUGUGCUGGACGUAUUGCAGCCGCAGUUGCCACAAGUUACGACCCGCGAUAACCAAACUAAACAUACAGCUGGACCAUUUUCGAAUGUUUCAGCCUCGAAACAAGGGUCUCUAGACUCCGCUCAAAAAGAUGUACCUCUAUCGUGGGAGCUUUUCGACUUUCCUGCUGCCCCGACCUCUGUCUCGGAGUCUAUGGAUUCUUUGAUGACAAGAGCAUUCAGUGAUGCAGUCACUGUAGAAAAUGUAUCAGACACAACGACACUCUGUUCAUGGGCUUUUUCGCUCGUUCUUAAGAAUAACUUGAAAGGCUACAGCACUGCAGACUUGGAUCUCAAGCUUCGCGUAGGAUACAGACAUGGUGCCACACCAACUGAGGGUUGUCGCGUCGAUAACAAAGUCUUGCUAAAUGUUCUUGCGGAGAUCACGUAGCCAUUCUGCGUUUACUAGCUCGUACGUGAUAUGAGACGUUCCAUGAUUUUGGUCUCGUUGAGCAUUAUACUUCUGCGCCGUGUAUCCCAAUUCGAAUUUGUCAAACUCAAGUCAGU